CUUGCUGUGUCUCUCUCUACAACAAAUCGGAAAAUUACUCGGCCUGGUACAUGCUAUAAAAACCCACUCACCUUCCUUGAUCAUUAUAACCCCCUCCCUUCCCUGUAAAAACUAAUUCCUUGUCCUCUCUUUUAACUUUACAAUGCCUUACAACGUCACUCCCAUUCCCGAUGUCGAUGAUGAGCAGAAGCUCCAGCAAUACAUCCAGGAUAGACGUGUCAUCGGUUAUGACCCCCUCGUCCAGCCUGCUUUACUCAGGCAUGAAAUUCAGCCUUCAGUGGCCUCACAGAUCACAAUCGCAGCUUCCCGUUACAGCUCUGCUCGCAUUCUAGCGGGUCAAGAUGAUCGUGUCCUCGUCAUUGUUGGCCCUUGUUCCAUUCAUUCAGCAGAUCAGGCGAUCGAGUAUGCCAAUCUGCUCAAAUCAAAAAUGCCCUCAUGGGACAAUUUGCUCAUUGUGAUGCGCGCGUAUUUAACUACUGUCGGAUGGAAAGGUCUCAUCAACGACCCCGAUAUCGAUGGUUCCUUCAAGAUUAACAAGGGUCUCCGAGUUGCCAGGCAGCUCCUCUGCGACCUUACAGAACUCGGUGUACCCGUUGGUUCCGAGCUACUCGAUACCAUAUCCCCACAGUACAUUGCUGACCUUAUUUCCUGGGGAGCGAUUGGAGCCCGAACAACCGAAUCUCAAUUGCACCGCGAGCUCGCUUCCGGCGUAUCUUUCCCUAUAGGGUUCAAGAACGGCACUGAUGGCAGCGUCUCGGUCGCUAUCGACGCGAUGCGCUCUGCUUCAAACCCCCACGCCUUCAUGGGUGUGACAGAGCAAGGUCUCGCCGCUAUCGUAAAAACCCGUGGAAACCAGGAUGUACAUGUCAUCCUCCGUGGUGGCACCAAGGGUCCCAAUUUCGCAUCCGAGCAUGUUCGGGCAGCUGCUAAAUCCAUUGAAAAGGCACGCCCGUCGAAUCAUGCUAGCGUUAUGAUCGACUGCAGCCAUGGCAAUUCGCAGAAGAACCACAACAAUCAGCCAAAAGUGGUCGAUGAUAUCUGCUCCCAGCUCGCUGCGGGUGAUAAGAACGUCACUGGUGUCAUGAUUGAGUCGCACAUCAAUGCCGGACGCCAAGAUGUUCCUGCCGAGGGACCUGCUGGCCUGAAGCACGGCGUUUCCAUUACCGACGCAUGCGUGGAUUGGGAAUGCACUGUUGGAAUGUUGGACAAACUCAACGCAGCCGUCAAGGCACGUCGCAGUUUCCUCAUCGAGCAAGGCCUGCAACGGCCAGCUGGCUUCCAACGUGAGACCCCUCCAUCACCGUAAAGCCGGGUUCAUGUUGUAAUUCCUUGAUGCUUCGUUGCAUGUACAUGAUUCCCAUGUGUGUGUUGUAUCAUAGUCUGUCAUGCUUCCAUCGUUCACAGUAUUAGAACGUU